AUGGUGAACGAAUUCCUGUCUAAAUAUUUCCCAUCUUCAAGACUUACUCACAUAAGGAAACAGAUUACUGGUAUAAAGCAAGGGCUUGAUGAGUCAUUUUACAACUACUAUGAGAGAUUCAAGUCUCUUGUAGCAUCAUGUCCAGCUCUUGGAAUAAGGGAAGGUCUAUUGCUUCAAUACUUUUAUGAAGGCCUUCUACAAAUGGAAAGAGAGUUCCUUGAUUCAGCUGGUGGUGGUUCAUUUUUGGACAAGAGCAAUGUAGUGGCGAAAGAUCUUUUGGAGAUGAGAGCAAUGAACAACCAACAGUUUGGGACAUCUGCAAGUGCUACAUGGCAGGUGCAUGAGACUCACUCUAGUUCGAACUCUGCUCUAGAGGACAAGGUCGACAAGUUGUCCAAGAUGAUGAGCCAUUUCAUGAAGACUAGUAGAGUUCAAGUAUGUGGAAUAUGUACGGAUGGGCACCCUACUGAUCAGUGUCCUCAAGUUGCUUCAUGUGGAGGGUAUGAAGAAGUCAAUGCCCUUGGUUAUCAAGGAGGUCAGAGCUGCUGGGCAAGUCAGUUGAACACCGUUACGCAAACUUUGGUGGUGGGUCAACAAGCAAAUAACAAGGAUAUUGCAGAGCUGAAAAUGCAUAUGGGCCAGGUAGUGGACUUCAUGGGCCGAUUUUCUGAGCAAGGGAAGCUGCCGAGUGGUGUCAUACCAAACCCAAGGAAUGAGCAAGCCCAAGCUAUCAUGACAAGGAGUGGGCUCGAGCUUAAAGAGAGCCAAAAUGUUGUAAAGAAGGCCCAUACGGCCCAUGACCAAGAAAGUGACGAAAUUGCCUUGAAGAUUGACUUGGAGAAAGAUCCAGCUACCUCCGAGAAGGAGAUGGUGCCGUUUGCAAAGAGCAAGAAGGAUAAAUCUGAGGAGGAGGUGUUGGAAGUCUUUAGAAAGGUGGAAGUUAACCUUCCAAUGUUGGAGUGUAUCAAGCAAAUUCCAAAGUAUGCUAAAUUUCUAAAGGAGCUUUGCACUUCAAGAAGAAAGACUUGGGAUGAGAAGGUAGUGAAGAUGAAUGGGACAGUUUCAGCUGUCAUCCAAAAGACGCUACCCCCUAAGAUGAAGGACCCGGAAAGUUUCUAUGGAUGGAUGUGUGGCAAUCCCUCAUUAUUCGUGAUUGCUAACUCUGAUUUGAUCCACAGGCGAGUCUCGGACCGGAUGCCUGGCCACCACACGGGGGUUAGAAGGAAAGAUGUUGUGGAAGCAGGAACUUAUGAGUUUCAGGGAAGUCAAGGUGCUAUGGAUACUCAUGAGUGGAUAUCUCGCAUGGAGAGGGCAUUUGUUGAUGCCGGGGUUCUUUUGAACCAAAGGGUGAGCAUGGCAGUGACUUUUCUAGACAGGACUCCUUACCAUUGGUGGAGUGGUGUUAGGGUUGAGCACGGGAACGAUGGUGUGAUGACCUGGGAGCAGUUUAAGACCUAUUUCUUUGCUCAGUUCUUUGGCCAGGCUCAUCACCAUCGGUUGCAGCAGGAAUUUCUGAGUUUGAGUAAAGGUGACAGAGAGAGUGUGAUAGAGUUUGAGCUGAGGUUUACUACUAUGGCCUAUCAUCUUCCCCACCUGUUUCAGGACGAGGCAAGCAAGAUUGCGAUGUUUAUUGAGGGAUUGGGAGAAGUUUAUGCUGAUAGGAUAACCGGUAAUGUUUACCCUACUUUUCUUCAGGCAGUGACUACAGCUAUGAAUAUUGAGACUAGGUUGGCUUCAAGUGGCAGACCUCGUGAGUAUGGCGGUCCUAGCCAGGGUCAUUCUAAGAGGGCUACAUCCUCAUCAGGUUCAGGGUCCUCGGCGGGGAGUGUUGGUAGUUCUGGUUCCACAGCCCAUCCCCGGGGGAGAGGUCAUGGGAGGUUGGUUAGUGGGCUAUCGGGUAGACGCUCUUUUAGUCAUUCCCGGAACAGUACGGGAGGAUAUGGUGGAAAUGGUGGACUGUCAGCCAGGCGAUCUUUCUGCCACUCUCAAAAUAGUGGGGGAGGAUUUGUUGGUAAUAGUGGGAGUCAGUCCUUCCAGUCAGGACAGUUUCAGUCCACAGGUUGUUUUCAGUGCGGGCAGCAUGGCCAUUUAAAAAGGGAUUGCCCGCAGUUGUCUCGAGGGAUGGCACCUCCUUCUCAACAGUCUUUUGGUCAGAUGUCAGGUGGUGCAUCUAGCAGUGGUACUCGAGCCAGUUCCGCUACUAGGGGUGGUGUACAGCAGGGUCGGGGCCAGAGAGGGCGCCCUAUGACUCAUGCCAGACUGCACGCUAUGACUCGACGUGACGGUCGCACUUCACCGGAUGUCAUCAUUGGUACGUUAAUUAUUUUUGGUCAGCCUGCUUUUACUUUAAUUGAUCCUGGUGCUAUACAUUCGUUUAUGUCUAGUAGAUUUGCACUGCACGCUAAUGUGCCGUCCUCACCACUUCUGGGUGAAUGGUAUGUGGCUUUACCCUCGGGCGAGAUGAUGAAGAUUCAGUGGGUGUUUAAGGGUUGUGGGGUGUGGAUAAGUGAACAGUGUCUACUAGCGGAUCUUAUUCCAUUAGAAAUUGUGGAGUUUGAUGUAAUCCUGGGGAUGGAUUUCUUGGAAGUCCAUAGAGCGUUGGUAGAUUGUUUUCGUAAGUUGGUGGUAUUCAAUAGCCCUGGAUUGACUGAAAUCUCUUUUCAUGGGGAAAUGAGCACUAUUCCACAUUGUAUAAUCUCAGCGGUUGCUACCAGAAAACUAUUGGACAAGGGAUUUCAGGCAUUUUUAGGACAUGUUGUGAAUACUAAAGUGCAUACCCUGGAGAUAGGGGAUAUUCCCGUAGUAAGCGAUUUUGUUGAUAUUUUCCCUGAUGAGUCACCUGGUUUGCCUCCUGUAAGGGAUAUAGACUUCACGAUUGAGCUACUUCCACUAACGGCUCCCAUUUCCCAAGCACCUUACAGGAUGGCUCCUGCAGAAUUAAGGGAGUUAAAGACUCAACUACAUGAAUUAGUAGAUAAGGGAUUCAUCCCACCUAGUUUGUCGCCAUGGGGUGCCCCGGUGUUGUUCGUUAAGAAGAAGGAUGGCACCUUGAGGCUAUGUAUUGAUUAUCGGAAGUUGAAUCAUGUGACGGUGAAAAAUAGGUAUCCCUUGCCACGUAUUGAUGAUCUGUUUGACCAAUUGAGGGGAGCUACAGUUUUCUCUAAGAUUGAUUUGUGGUCAGGGUACCAUCAGUUGCGCAUUAGGGAUUCAGACAUAGCCAAAACUGCUUUUCGGUCCCGUUACAGACAUUAUGAGUUUGUGGUGAUGCCGUUUGGUUUGACCAAUGCACUUGCUGCUUUCAUGGAUCUUAUGAAUCGGGUGUUUCGGUCCUAUCUUGACCGUUUUGUGAUCGUGUUCAUCGAUGAUAUUUUGGUCUAUUCGAAGAGUUUAAAAUUGCAUGCCAAACACUUAAGGUUAGUCCUUCAAACCUUGAGGGAUGCGCAACUCUAUGCAAAAUUUAGCAAGUGUGAAUUUUGGCUUGAGAGUGUGGGAUUUUUGGGUCAUAUUGUGUCAGCUAGCGGGAUUAGUGUGGAUCCCCAUAAGGUGGAAGCAGUUUCCAAGUGGGAAAGACCUACUAGUGUGAUUGAGAUCCGGAGUUUCUUGGGUUUGGCAGGCUAUUAUCGGCGUUUUGUUCAAGAUUUUUCCAGGAUAGCGGGUCCUCUCACCAAAUUGACCCGAAAGGGGCUGAAGUUUGUUUGGUCUGACGAAUGUGAGCAAAGUUUUCAAGAACUGAAAAAUCGUUUAACUUGUGCUCCUGUCUUAGCAUUACCUGAUGAUAGUGGCGAGUAUGUGAUCUUCAGUGAUGCUUUUAGACAAGGAUUGGGAUGUGUGCUGAUGCAACAUGGUAACGUAAUUGCUUACGCUUCCCGACAGUUGAAAUCUCAUGACUUGGAACUUGCUGCAGUGGUGUUAUCACUCAAGUUGUGGAGACACUAUCUUUAUGGGGCAAAGUGUCAAAUAUUUACUAAUCACAAGAGUCUCUGGUAUGUGUUCACCCAAAAACAAUUAAAUUUGAGGCAAAGGAGGUGGAUGGAGCUGAUUAAAGAUUAUGACUGUACUAUUGAGUACCAUCCAGGGAAGGCUAAUGUUGUGGCGGAUGCUCUUAGCCGCAAGCCAUCAGCUAACUUGUCACAUUUGAGGAUGGUUCGGGUUCCUCUUCUAUUUGAGUUACGGGCUACUGGUGUUGACUUGUCUGUUUACGACGUAAGAGCUUUGAUAGCUAGUUUCCACGUAAGGCCAGUGUUGAUUGACAAGGUACGGGAAGCACAACUCCAGGAUCCCUCUAUUUGCCGGUUGAGAGAGCGAGUAUUGGGUGGUUUGCAAGGAAAUUUCUGGGUUAGGAAGGAUGGGACAUUAAUGUUUCAAAAUAGGUUGUGUGUACCUAAAAGAAAUGAAGGGCUUAAGCAGGAGAGUUUAGAGGAAGGUCACAGUUAUGCUUAUGCCAUGCAUCCAGGAAAUACGAAGAUGUACCGAACCCUUAAGGAGCAUUAUUGGUGGCCUAAUAUGAAGAGAGAGAUUGUAGCUUAUGUGAGUAGGUGCCUGAUUUGUCAACAAGUGAAGGCUGAGAGACAGAACCCAGCAGGGUUGCUACAGCCUUUGGAAAUUCCGGUGUGGAAGUGGGAUCACAUCACCAUGGACUUUGUCUUUGGGCUACCCCGUACGCGGAGUGGACAUGAUGGCAUUUGGGUGAUUGUGGAUAGACUCACUAAGUCCGCACACUUUUUGCCGGUGAAUAAGAAAUCCAACUUAGAGAAAUUGGUGGGUUUGUAUGUGGAUGAGAUUGUACGACUUCAUGGUGUGCCUGAAUCCAUUGUAUCUGAUCGAGACCCACGUUUUGCUUCCAGAUUUUGGAGAGGAUUAAAAACAGCAUUGGGAACUCAACUGAAAUUCGGCACGGCUUUUCAUCCUCAAACUCAUGGACAGUCAGAAAGGACCAUUCAGACCCUAGAAGAUAUGUUGAGAUCUUGUGCAAUGCAGUUCGGGGCUUGGGAUGAGAAGCUAUUAUUGAUGGAAUUUUCUUACAACAAUAGUUAUCAUUCGAGUAUUGGAAUGGCCCCUUAUGAAGCCUUAUAUGGGAGGCAGUGUCGCACGCCUUUAUGUUGGAAUGAAGUGGGAGAAAGAGAGUUUGAUGGACCAGAUGUUAUUUUUAAUACAAAUGUGGAUAUCACAGUGAUACGAGAUAGACUAAAGACAGCACAAAGCAGAUAGAAGAGUUAUGCAGAUAACCGUAGGAGAGAUUUGGAGUUCAAAGUAGGCAACCGAUUCCUGAAGCUUUCACCUUGGAAAGGUGUGGUUCGAUUUGGAAAGCGUGGGAAGUUGAGCCCAAGAUACAUCGGUCCUUAUGUGGUCAUGGAGCAGGUAGGCCUAGUGGCUUACCGAUUAGACCUACCUCCUGAGUUAUCUAGAAUUCAUGAUGUGUUUCAUGUGCCUAUGAUGCGGAGGUAUGUUGCAGACCCUUCUCAUGUAUUGCAAGAAUAACCCGUUAGUCUGAAGAAGGACUUGACUUAUGUGGAAGAACCAAUCCAAAUUCUUGAUCGGAAGGAGCAAGUGUUGAGAAAUAAGACCAUUCCGUUGGUUAAGGUCUUGUGGACGAGUCACAAAUUGGAAGAGGCUACUUGGGAGCCGGAGCAUCAAUUCAGGCAAUAGUACCCCCAUCUAUUUCAAUAG